AUGGGCUUUUCUUUUGGCUCGUUCAUGGAGCCAGAUGAUCACUCUCUAUCAGAAGACGACAUUGAACCGCAGGUUCUACCCAGGUGUGGCCUGUGUCGAUUCAAGUUUGAGCCAGCCGACUCCAUCGUGGUUUUCCACCCCGUGUUCCCGAUUUGGGAAGGCAAAUAUUCUGAAGAACCAACUGGAUCUAGUCCCCCGGAGGAAGGUUUUCACUCAGCUUGCGUGGCCCAGUUUUCCAAACCCCUCCGUAAUGGUACUUCUGUUGAUCCCUUUGUUAAUUGCGACAUCUGGAUGGCUACGCGUCGUGGAAAGUCCAGGUAUAGUAUGACCUACGAUGAGCCUCCUCCGUCUUUUGAAGUAAACCGCCUGCGCCGGUUGAAGAAGAUGUUUGCCCAGGAGCUCAUGACUAUCACCGGAGGUCGUCUUCCCCUCGAGGUCUGCGAGAACAUUGCACAAUACUGCUUGAGCGACUACGCAACGAGGCUCCUCAAAGAAGCUCGGGAGAAGAGAGGCGAUCCUGGGCCUCGAAAGGCCAAGUUACACGUCAAAGAUUCAGGGGUAGUGUGGGCACAGCACGUUGAGUUUGAAGGCAUCCAAUACAUCAAGUCUCUCUCGACAAGCCGCAGAAAUGAGAGUGAUACGAAGCUCUUCGACCCUAGAGGCGGCACCCAUGUCAAUAUAUACUUCGCCGAAGACCUCUUGGGUAUCCGUGAAGUUGUUAUGACUAGAGAUGACAACACCGUAUUGACUCAGGGUGAAAACUUGUCAUGGGUUGUCAACCGCGGAGUGGCUCUUCCAUUCUGGUUCACAAUCGAGUCUGAUGGUCUCAAACUGCGCGACUUGGCCAUAGCCACGACAGAGAACGAAGUGGCCAGCGAUCUACAGAGGCGCUGGGCUGUUUUGCCUAGCCACUUGGGCAAUUGCCAAUUCGCUCCGCCACCAAAAGAUUAUCGAAGAGUUGGGACGGAGCCGGUCCGCGCAGUCGACUGGAAUUUACCCGGAUGCCGCGGUUAUUCCAUUCUCGUAGACACUGGCUUCAUCUGCGACAUCAUCCCGAACAACGGGGGAGGGUCAUCUUCGCAGUUGAUGGAUGUGAACAACAAACAUGAAGGUGCUUGGGUCUACAUACCCAUCGAUCCAGGCGAGCGGAUCAUUGAGCUUUGGCGCCGCCAUUGCGAUUACCCUUGGAGACUGUUCAAAUCUCUUGUUAUACGCACAAAUAAAGGUCGCAGCUUUGUUAUCGGUUCCCAUCUGGGACUUCACUCUACCUCUGAGUGGUGGAUAUGCCAGCUUACCUACCAUGUGAUCGCUGAGUUGCCGCCAAACAAACCAUCUCGAAUGCUCUAUUGUGAGACCAGAAACGCAAGGUUAUGGCUGAGUUUCGAACAAGCUGCGACUCGCGACCAGAAUGCCGACAUCUCAUUCAUGAAGCCAUUCAAGCUUACUGCUUUCCCUGGCUCAAAUUUCAUUUCGUCAACUGCGAAGCUUCAGGACGUCAGGACAAUUUCCGUAUGCCGAAGCUAUAGAGAGGGCCUGGACCUAAGCUGUGGAGAGCCUCUGGAUGAGGGCAUUGUCGGGUUGCUCCUCACAUACGAAGAUGGGCGCCAACGAUCCAUCGGACAAAUUCGCCUUGACCACAUGGGUGCGCCUCUAAUGGUGAACUCGGGAAAUUUUUGGCUUGGCAGCGACAAGUCAGAAGAUGAACCUCUCCCAGGAGGUUUCUGGCCCCGGACACAGAUGAUUAAGUGGGUUGAGGUGGAUAAGCCGUCGAGGGAUCAAGAUAGAGAGUAUUUGAAGGUGCCGCUGACUGGCUCCCUCGAAUGGCAAAGCUACAAGAAGGGUGAUUACUAUCGCCACCUUGUGUUCCAUCAUAGGAGCAACGAAUUGGAGGAUAAUGCGGAUGAGAUGGAUGCGUUAUCGGUCUGUGAGGCUGAAUCUGGAGAACGUGCUCCGGCGGUUUUCGAACAGUUCUCGCUGGAAUUCUAG